CCAAGGAAAAGAGCCAGGGGUUCAAGGAUGGCCAAACAAUACAUAUCCAUUAAAAUUCAGAAGAGAGAGAGAGAGAGUAGGCCUAAUAAUAAAAACAAUUACAUUCAAAAUAAAUAAAUAAACGGGUAGAUGGACGGAUGGGGAAAAGAUUAAGCAGAUCACAUAGCCAUAAAUAUAAUCUUUCCUACAAAACAUAAAAAUGAAACACAACCACCAAAGAGGUGCCUUUUUGCACAGGAGGUAGCUUCUUGAAAGUGAGAAAAGUGGGGGGUUAACGCGUGGCGCUGUGUUUGUACAGUUACGCUGGACGUCACGGCCUUUCACGUUGCGGCAUCGGUAAAAAAAAAAAAAUCUGUUUGCUGAAAUGUAGUCUGACGUAGGCUUCUCAAGCUAACGGACCGAUAAGAUGUGAUAUCUGUAGUGCUUUUUGUGUGUGUUUUCACCGUUCCACCCGGCGCUGCACCCAGUCACGCAGCGGCAGCAUGUGUAUCGACAGAUUGGCGAUAAAGUGCGUUAAAACUCUCCAUGACGCGUGUAUCGACAAAAUAACAGCCCGUUUUGAGCAGAGACUCGUCGAAGACGCUAACUAGCGACACAGAUGGCUUUAUGGGAGGGAGUGCAUUCGCUGUCGUUGGGGGUAAUGGGAUAUGUGCGGUUGUGUGCAGCCCGUCGGUAGGGCACGAGCGCCAGACUGCAGCUGGAAGCACCGGGAUCUCGCUCCAUCUGUGUCUUAUCAUAUAACCACCGGCCGUUCGAGCGUUUGCGUCGUUGUGUUCGGGCUUUCCGGCGGGGGAUCAAACACGUCGUGCUGCAGAUGGGCUUUAAUAUCGGUCUAAUGAAGUAAUUUGAAGCCCAUACUUCAGUCCCCGAGCGUGUGAUGAUAGGAGACACAAUGACGCUUUUGUCUCUUUUGGGUCGCAUCAUGCGUUAUUUCUUGCUCAGGCCAGAGACCUUGUUUCUGUUAUGUAUAAGCUUGGCCCUUUGGAGUUACUUCUUCCACACGGACGAGGUGAAAACCAUCGUCAAGUCCAGCCGGGAUGCCGUGAAGAUGGUGAAGGGAAAAGUGGCGGAGAUGAUGAUGAACGACAGACUCGGCGGUCUGGACGUGCUGGACGCGGAGUUCUCCAAGACCUGGGAGUUCAAGAACAGCAAUGUCGCGGUGUACUCGAUACAGGGCCGCAGAGACCACAUGGAGGACCGCUUCGAGGUGCUUACCGACCUGGUCAACAGGAGCCACCCUUCAAUCUUUGCCAUUUUUGACGGCCACGGCGGGGAGGCAGCCGCUGAUUAUGUGAAGGCCCACCUACCUGAGGCUCUGAAACAACAGCUGCAGGCCUAUGUGCGGGAAAAGAAAGACAGCUCUCUGUCCUAUCCCUCCAUCCUAGAGCAGCGCAUUCUGGCUGUGGACCGGGACAUGGUGGAGAAGUUCUCUGCCAGCCAUGAUGAAGCAGGCACGACGUGUUUGAUAGCCUUGUUGUCAGACCGUGAACUAACUGUGGCAAAUGUCGGAGACUCUCGCGGCGUUCUCUGUGACAAGGACGGCAACGCUGUGGCCUUGUCACAUGAUCACAAGCCUUACCAGCUGAAAGAGCGCAAGAGGAUCAAGAGAGCAGGUGGCUUCAUCAGUUUCAACGGUUCUUGGCGUGUGCAAGGCAUCCUCGCCAUGUCGCGCUCACUCGGUGACUACCCUCUCAAGAACUUGAAUGUGGUCAUCCCAGACCCAGAUAUCUUGACCUUUGACCUGGACAAGCUCCAGCCGGAGUUCAUGAUCCUAGCCUCCGACGGCCUGUGGGAUGCGUUCAGCAACGAGGAGGCCGUACGCUUUGUGCGGGAACGCUUGGAUGAGCCGCACUUUGGCGCCAAGAGCAUUGUGCUGCAGUCUUUCUACCGCGGCUGUCCCGACAACAUCACUGUCAUGGUGGUGAAGUUCAAGAACAGCUCUGGGAGCAAAACUGGAGAGUAGUUGGACUCGACUAAUAAACAGCCUCAACUGAUCAAUAAACAGCCUCCAUUGUCUUUCCAUUAAUGCAUAUUGUCAGAGGCUAGAUGGUGUAAUAUGAGACAAACUUUUUUUUUUUUUCACAAUUACAAUAAACUGUACAGACACACAUAUGCAUGUGCAAACACAUGUAUUCCCAGAUUUAUUUUAAUUUUCUUUUUUUACUUUUUGGUGUGUGCCAAAUGGACACUUUAUGAAAAAUUUUAUUUUGUAAUUACUCCUUUUUCAAUGCCUUAAACUGUAAAGAUGUAUCCUGACCUUCCUUAAUUAGAGCAAUAUUAUUUGUGAAACAGCUAUUGGCAUGAAUGGUAGAAGGACAUUCAUUGCCUGGAAGAUGCACUCACAUUUGGAUGUGCAUGAUUCAUUCAUUUCAGUUCAAGGCAUUAAUGCCGAUUUACACUGGUGCUGCUCAUUAGUUAGUUUAAAUGAGGGUGGAAUAAGGUUGUGCUAGAUUAAGAAUGUUACACUUUGAAUAAACUCCAUAAUAGGUAAUGUCCUAUUCAUUCUAGUCAUUCCUGCUCAUUUAAGCCAAGGUUUUAAUGGUUAUAUGAAUGCAAAAGUGACCAGAUUGAAGGUAGAAUGUUUCUGUAUGUAAUUAUUUUGUGAAGACUGUUGAAUUAAUACUGGCAAACAGUCCUUUAACUUUCCUCCUAGUUUACAGAAAAAAUUGGCACCAGCCCCAAUCUACAUUAUUUAAGGUUUAAAUUCUUGCACUGUGUGAAAUGUAUGUGGGAGAUUAAAUUGAUAAAUAAACCUAACAAUUCAAAACUGA